AUGUCUAUGCUAGGCUCACUGGCCGCACGUCCCAGCCAGCCAAUCAUCCCUGCCGCACCUUGGGCCAAGGUUUCAACAGACCUCACCAAAAUGCCGUCUCAAAUGGAACAUGCCAUGGAAACCAUGAUGUUCACGUUUCACAAGUUUGCUGGUGAUAAAGGCUACGUAACAAAGGAGGACCUGCGAGUACUCAUGGAAAAGGAGUUCCCUGGAUUUUUGGAAAAUCAGAAAGACCCUCUGGCCGUGCACAAAAUAAUGAAGGACCUCGACCAGUGCCGAGAUGGCAAAGUGGGCUUCCAGAGCUUCUUCUCACUAAUCGCAGCGCUCACCAUUGCAUGCAAUGACUUUUUUGUAGUACACAUGAAGCAGAAGGGAAAGAAAUAGGCGAUAUUGA